AGCUUCGCUUCCUGCUGCUACCGCCGGCCGCCCGAGCGUCUCGAAGCUGCGCUGCCGGCGGGCGUCCUGCGCCUGAGCGGGGUGAAGCGGUGGCCGGGGCGCAGGGAGGCCGGCGGGGCUGGGGCGGGAGGUGCAGGUACAGGAGGGGACCUGGGGUGCAGCCCGCUGAGGCCGGUAGUGGGGAGGAGGCCGGCUUGCGGCGCGCCGGGCCGGAACGGAGAGGGAAGCGGAGACUCAUGAAAUGGCCACAGAUGAUAAGACUUCCCCAACCCUGGACUCUGCUGGUGACCUGCUCCGAUCUCCCACGAGUCCUUCACAUCUCACACACUUCAAACCUUUGACUCCUGAUCAGGAUGAACCACCGUUUAAAUCAGCGUAUAGUUCUUUUGUAAAUCUUUUUCGGUUUAACAAAGAGAAAGGAGAGGGGGGCCAGGGAGAGCAGCAGCCUCAGAGUGGAAGUUGGGCCAGCCCUCAGCUUCCUGCGCGGACUCAGUCUGUGCGGUCACCUGCUCCUUAUAAGAAGCAGCUCCACGAGGAACUGCAGCGGCGUUCUUCGGUCCUAGAAAACAGUUUGCAGCAUUCCCAAGAGAACACAGAUACAAGAAGGAAAGCAGAACCUACUUUUGGAGGUCAUGACCCUCGUACAGCUGUUCAGCUUCGAAGCCUCAGCACAGUGUUAAAACGUCUCAAGGAAAUCAUGGAGGGGAAAAGCCAGGACAGUGACCUGAAGCAGUACUGGAUGCCAGAUAGCCAGUGUAAAGAGUGCUAUGACUGUAGUGAGAAAUUCACAACCUUCCGACGCAGGCACCAUUGCCGAUUAUGUGGGCAAAUCUUUUGCAGUCGUUGCUGUAAUCAAGAAAUUCCUGGAAAAUUUAUGGGCUAUACAGGGGACCUCCGAGCUUGUACAUACUGUAGAAAGAUAGCCUUAAGUUAUGCUUAUUCCACAGACAGUAACUCCAUUGGGGAAGACUUGAAUGCUCUUUCGGAUUCUGCUUGCUCCGUGUCUAUCCUUGAUCCGAGUGAACCCCGAACACCUGUUGGGAGCAGAAAAGCCAGCCGUAACAUAUUCUUAGAGGAUGAUUUAGGCUGGCAGAGUUUGAUUCAUCCAGACUCCUCCAGUUCUUCCCUCUCCACAAGACUUGUGUCUGUUCAAGAGGAUGCUGGGAAAUCUCCUGCUCGAAAUAGGUCAGCCAGUAUUACUAACCUGUCACUGGAUCGAUCUGGUUCUCCUAUGGUACCUUCAUACGAGACAUCCGUCAGUCCCCAGGCUAACCGGAUGUAUGUCAGGACAGAGACCACCGAGGACGAACGCAAAAUUCUCUUGGACAGUGUUCAGUUAAAAGACCUGUGGAAAAAAAUCUGCCAUCACAGCAGUGGGAUGGAGUUUCAGGAUCACCGCUACUGGCUGAGAACACACCCCAACUGCAUUGUGGGAAAGGACUUGGUCAACUGGCUCAUUCGCAAUGGGCACAUUGCCACAAGGGCACAAGCCAUAGCGAUCGGACAGGCAAUGGUGGAUGGACGCUGGCUGGACUGCGUCAGUCAUCACGACCAGCUCUUCAGGGAUGAGUAUGCGCUGUACAGGCCGCUGCAGAGCACAGAAUUUUCUGAGACGCCUUCUCCAGACAGUGACUCGGUGAAUUCUAUGGAAGGACACUCAGAGCCCUCCUGGUUCAAAGACAUUAAGUUUGAUGACAGUGACACAGAGCAGAUAGCUGAAGAAGGUGAUGAUAAUUUGGCUAAUUCUGCCAGUCCUAGCAAGCGCACCUCAGUCAGCAGUUUCCAGUCCACAGUGGACAGUGACUCAGCCGCUUCCAUCAGCCUGAACGUGGAGCUGGACAACGUGAACUUCCAUAUCAAGAAGCCCUCCAAGUACCCACAUGUGCCCCCUCACCCUGCUGACCAAAAAGAGUAUUUGGUUUGUGACUCUGGAGGACAACAGCUCUCCAUAAGUGACGCUUUCAUCAAAGAAUCCUUGUUUAAUCGUCGAGUAGAGGAAAAGUCCAAAGAGCUGCCUUUCACGCCUUUGGGCUGGCAUCACAACAAUCUGGAGCUCCUGCGGGAGGAGAAUGGGGAGAAGCAAGCCAUGGAGAGGCUGCUGUCAGCUAAUCAUAGUCACAUGAUGGCACUUCUUCAGCAGUUGCUCCAUAAUGACUCAUUGUCACCCUCUUGGAGGGACAUCAUUGUGUCGCUGGUCUGCCAGGUUGUUCAGACAGUCCGACCUGAUGUCAAGAACCAGGAUGAUGACAUGGAUAUCCGUCAGUUUGUCCACAUCAAAAAGAUUCCUGGUGGAAAGAAAUUUGAUUCGGUGGUUGUCAAUGGCUUUGUUUGUACGAAGAACGUUGCACAUAAAAAGAUGAAUUCUUGUAUUAAAAACCCCAAAAUUCUUCUGUUGAAGUGUUCCAUCGAGUAUCUCUACAGAGAAGAAACGAAGUUCACUUGCAUUGAUCCUAUUGUGCUUCAGGAAAGGGAAUUCCUGAAGAAUUAUGUUCAACGAAUAGUUGAUGUUCGACCCACAUUGGUUCUGGUUGAGAAAACAGUGUCUCGGAUUGCCCAGGAUAUGUUGCUGGAGCAUGGCAUCACGUUGGUCAUUAAUGUGAAGUCCCAAGUUUUAGAACGAAUCAGUCGAAUGACCCAAGGUGACUUAGUGAUGUCCAUGGACCAGCUGCUCACAAAACCACACCUGGGCACUUGUCACAAGUUUUAUAUGCAGAUAUUUCAGCUGCCAAAUGAACAAACCAAAACGCUGAUGUUUUUUGAAGGUUGUCCCCAGCACCUGGGCUGUACCAUCAAGCUCAGAGGGGGCUCUGAGUAUGAGCUGGCUCGAGUUAAGGAGAUCCUGAUAUUCAUGGUCUGCGUAGCUUACCAUUCUCAGCUAGAGAUCUCCUUCCUCAUGGAUGAGUUCGCUAUGCCGCCCAUGUUAAUGCAGAGCCCCUCGUUCCAUUCUCUGAUUGAGGAACAGGGUGAUGAGGGGACUGCACAGGAGCCGUGCAGCGGGAGCGCCCUUCCCCGGGAUCCUGGCUGCCCUCCCGAGGUACUGCCCGCUGAAGAGAGCACUGCGCUGGAGUCACGGAUUGUGUUUGAGAGGAGUGAGCAGGAAGGCAAAAGUGUCCCACAGACUGCUGCCUCUUCGAAGCUUCAGGAGUGUGCCACGGCGCCUUGCCCGGCGGGCAUCCCCUGUGCACUCUUCCAGUCAGUCCCGGAGUCAUUGCUGCCGCUCCACGUGGACCAGCAGGAUACUGUAGGCGGUGAGCAGCUGGAGGAGCCUCUGAGGCAAGCAGAAGAGCACCAGGACCCGAAGAGCCAAAUGAGAGCCUUUAGAGACCCUCUACAGGAUGACACCGGAUUGUACGUGACUGAGGAAGUCACUACCUCUGAAGAUCAGCGAAAGACUUACGCUCUGACUUUUAAACAGGAAUUGAAAGAUGUGAUCCUCUGCAUCUCCCCCGUAAUCACAUUCCGGGAGCCUUUCCUCCUGACGGAAAGGGGGAUGAGGUGCUCUACACGAGACUACUUUCCAGAGCAGAUUUACUGGUCUCCCCUCCUUAACAAAGAGUUCAGAGAAAUGGAGAGCAGGAGGAAGAAGCAGCUGCUUAGAGAUCUCUCUGGGCUUCAGGGCAUGAAUGGAAGCAUUCAGGCCAAGACUAUUCAAGUCUUACCCUCACACGAGCUAGUUAGCACGAGGAUCGCGGAGCAUUUGGGGGACAGCCAGAGCCUGGGGAGAAUGCUGGCUGAUUAUCGAGCCCGAGGCGGAAGAAUUCAGUCUAGAUAUUCUGAUCCGUUUACUCACUCAAAGGAUGCCCUGAGUACUGCAAGUGGCAGAGCGGGAAGCAGAACUGAGGCUGAUGAAGAGAGGGGGCUGAUUCCCAGCGAGGCCGUGUGGUCAGCAAAGGUGGACUGCCUGAACCCCACUAACCACCAGAGGCUGUGCGUGCUCUUCAGCAGCUCUUCCGCCCAGUCCAGCAACGCCCCCAGUGCCUGUGUCAGUCCCUGGAUUGUAACUAUGGAAUUUUAUGGAAAGAAUGAUCUCACAUUAGGAAUAUUUUUAGAAAGAUACUGUUUCAGGCCUUCUUAUCAGUGUCCUAGCAUGUUCUGCGAUACCCCCAUGGUGCACCACAUUCGUCGCUUUGUCCACGGCCAAGGCUGUGUGCAGAUAAUUCUGAAGGAGUUGGAUUCUCCAGUACCUGGAUAUCAGCAUACUAUUCUCACAUAUUCCUGGUGCAGAAUCUGCAAACAGGUAACACCUGUUGUUGCUCUUUCCAAUGAAUCUUGGUCUAUGUCAUUUGCAAAGUACCUUGAACUGAGGUUCUAUGGGCAUCAGUAUACACGGAGAGCCAAUGCUGAGCCAUGUGGUCACUCCAUCCACCAUGAUUAUCACCAGUAUUUCUCCUAUAACCAGAUGGUAGCGUCUUUCAGUUAUUCUCCCAUUCGGCUUCUUGAAGUAUGUGUUCCACUUCCCAAAAUAUUCAUUAAACGUCAGACCCCACUGAAAGUAUCCCUUCUUCAAGAUCUCAAAGAUUUCUUUCAAAAAGUUUCACAGGUAUAUUUAGCCGUUGAUGAAAGACUGGCAUCUCUGAAGACCGAUACAUUUAGCAGAACAAGAGAGGAGAAAAUGGAAGAUAUCUUUGCACAGAAAGAGAUGGAAGAAGUUGAGUUCAAGAGCUGGAUUGAAAAGAUGCAAGCAAGGCUCAUGUCGUGCUCUGUGGAUGCCCCUCAGCAACUGCAGUCCGUCUUUGAGUCACUCAUUGCCAAGAAACAAAGUCUUUGUGAAGUGCUGCAAGCUUGGAAUAACAGGUUGCAGGAACUAUUCCAGCAGGAAAAAGGCAAAAAGCGGCCUUCAGUUCCUCCAAGUCCAGGAAGAGUGAGACAAGGAGAAGAAAGCAAGAUAAGUGGAAUGGAUGCGUCACCACGAAAUGUUUCUCCAGGACUUCAAAAUGGAGAAAAAGAGGAUCGCUUUUUGACAACGCUGUCCAGCCAGAGCUCCACCAGUUCUACCCAUCUCCAGCUGCCGACCCCACCUGAAGUGAUGGCUGAGCAACCAGGAGGAGGGCCUCCUGACCUGGACACAGCCAGUGGUUCUGAAGAUGUGUUUGAUGGACAUUUGCUGGGAUCCACAGACAGCCAGGUGAAAGAAAAGUCAACCAUGAAAGCCAUCUUCGCAAAUUUGCUUCCAGGAAAUAGCUAUAAUCCUAUUCCAUUUCCUUUUGACCCAGAUAAGCACUAUUUAAUGUAUGAACACGAGCGGGUGCCCAUCGCUGUCUGUGAGAAGGAGCCCAGCUCCAUCAUUGCGUUUGCACUCAGUUGUAAGGAGUACCGAAAUGCCUUAGAAGAACUGUCUAAAGCAGCUCUGUGGAACUGUGCUGAAGAAGGCCUUCCAACCAAUAGUGCUUUAGACAACAGGCCUAAGAGUAGCAGCCCUAUUAGACUGCCUGAAGUCAGCGGAGGGCAAGCCAGCCGAGCCGCGGACUCAGAGCCGCAGCCAGCCAAAAAAGCUUCUGGAGUGUUGUCCUUCUUCAGAGGGACAGCAGGGAAAAGCCCUGACCUCUCUUCCCAGAAGAGAGAGACCUUACGUGGAGCAGAUAGUGCCUACUACCAGGUUGGGCAGACGGGUAAGGAGGGAACAGAGAGUCAAGGUAUUGAACCUCAAGAUGAAGUAGAUGGAGGAGAUUCACAAAAGAAACAGUUUGCAAAUCCUCAUGUGGAACUUCAAUUUUCUGACGCUAACGCCAAGUUUUACUGCCGGCUCUACUACGCGGGAGAGUUUCAUAAGAUGCGCGAGGCGAUUCUGGGCAGCAGCGAGGAGGAUUUUAUCCGCUCGCUCUCGCAUUCGUCACCCUGGCAGGCCCGCGGAGGCAAGUCGGGAGCCGCCUUCUACGCCACGGAAGAUGAUAGAUUCAUUUUGAAGCAGAUGCCUCGUCUGGAAGUCCAGUCUUUCCUUGACUUUGCACCACACUACUUCAGUUACAUUACAAACGCUGUUCAACAAAAGAGGCCCACUGCCUUGGCCAAAAUUCUUGGAGUUUACAGAAUUGGUUAUAAGAACUCGCAGAACAACACCGAGAAGAAAUUAGACCUCCUUGUCAUGGAAAAUCUCUUCUAUGGCAGAAAAAUGGCGCAGGUUUUUGAUUUGAAGGGCUCACUUAGGAAUCGAAAUGUGAAAACUGACACGGGGAAAGAGAGUUGUGAUGUAGUCCUGCUGGAUGAGAAUCUUCUAAAGAUGGUUCGAGACAAUCCCUUGUACAUUCGUUCGCAUUCCAAGGCUGUGUUGAGGACCGCCAUCCAUAGUGACUCUCAUUUCCUUUCUAGCCACCUCAUUAUCGAUUAUUCUUUGCUGGUUGGGCGAGAUGAUACUAGCAAUGAGCUAGUAGUUGGCAUUAUAGAUUAUAUUCGAACAUUUACGUGGGACAAAAAGCUUGAAAUGGUUGUGAAAUCAACAGGAAUUUUGGGAGGACAAGGUAAAAUGCCAACGGUGGUCUCUCCAGAGUUGUAUAGGACUAGAUUUUGUGAAGCAAUGGACAAAUAUUUCCUUAUGGUACCAGACCACUGGACAGGACUGGAUCUGAACUGCUGAGAUCGAGCAUAGAUUUUGAAAUGGACUGUGAAGGAAAGUGGGCACAAACAAGAGACCAAAAAUAAGAGAUGUGUUUUAUUUCUUCUUGACAUUCACCACUAUGUGGAAGAGACCUUUCAGUUCUGUGGUUCUUUAAAGACUGACUGUAACUGAAGCGUGAAAGCUUCCAUGGAUUUGCACUUCCGUUUUAGAUACCUGUGAGUUAGCUAUCUGUAGGUUGGAGAGUUGCAUGAACAGUUUUUCAAUUAGUCUAAAAGUAUCGAUCCACUUCAAAGGGUAAAGGUUAGAGUUGAAUAGACAUGUGAUAUCACAUGUGAUAUCAGUUUACGUGUUUGGUGAAGAAAACUAAACAUAUCUCAUAGAUCGUGACUAUGCUGGCUUCACGUUUGAGACAUUGUUUUUACUUAAAGCAUUUGGGAGCUGUUAAAUAUGUGGUUCAAAGUAUCUAAUAAUUUAAUGUUACCUGUUGUCAGGAUUUCUGAAACUUUUAGAAACAUUCUGAUUUAUUCCAUUAUUGGCUCAACAGGUUGGCAUUUACUGUUUUAUUGAAUUUUUUUUAACUUAAAUUGGGAAUCCUGCUAUGUUCUAUGUUUCCCUAGUUUACCAUGCUUUUUAGUAUAUUUGAUGUUUCAAAAUUCUGUCUUCUUUGUAGGGGUCAAGAAGCUGGAUCUAGGGCUGGGGAUUUAGCUCAGCGGCAUAAGUGCCUGCCUUGCAAGCAGGCAGUCGUGAGUUCGAUCCCCGGUACCGAUAAAAAGGAAAAAGACCAAAAAAAAAAAAAAAAAAAAAAAGAAGCUGGAUCUGUUAACUUUGAUUCCCUUCCCUUUUUGUAGUAUUUUAAAGCUUGUUUAAAGUGCUUACAUUUUUGCAUACACUUAUAUUCUAGAUUUCCCCCUCCUUUUCAGCAAAACAUAGUAAAUGGCUCAUUAGUAAUUAAUUCUACAAUCACUGAUACCCUAAAGGAAGAAUUAUUAAUAAAGAAUUGUUACAAAAAAUAAGACUGAACCCAAGGGAUUGUGUGAGAAGGAAGCACUUGAUUAGUUUUUAUAAGGGUAAAGUAUCUUUCAGUAGAACCAAUUGACGUGCAUUUAUUUCCAGUAUGGGAAGUCCUGUUUCCUGGUUUCUGCGCACAGACCCGUUCUGCUGCUGCGGCUGCUGAGAGAGACGCUCCUAGUAAGGAGCCUCUUGUUUAAUUGGCGGCAGUUGUGCUUGCUGCAGAAUGUGCUUGGGAAGAGGUGAUGAAUUUGAGGGAAUAUUACUGUGGUCUCACAAUAUUUCUCUUGGGUUCUCUCUGUAACAGGACUGACCUUGGGGAUUCACAGUUUUAAGGAUUUUACUCUUUUUCAGGCUUCCAAUAAUAGCAUGUUAAUUGUCACUUAAAAAUAAUUGAUGCUUUUAGUUAUACAGCAUAAUCAGUAUGUGACACAUUUUAGAAAGUUUACUUGAAAGAAUGAAGGCAGUGCUUUGGCGUUUGUUGCUUAUUAAAAACCUGGUUCAUUUGAACUAAUGCAAAAUUGACCAAGUUAAGAUAGAUGAGCAGAUAAAUCUGCUCAUCACCCUCACCCCUUAGGUGCCUUUUGAAGAUACACGGAAGGCUAACUUUAGUUUUGAUGUCCAGACUGGAGGUGAAAGAUGGGCAGAACAUGAUAAACUUUUUACAUGCCUGGGAACAAUGGCUUUCGUGUCUGUAGUGUAAUGCCAACACUGUUUUUUGUCUCUUAAUUAUUUUUUCUGACUGGCUGUUUAGGGUCACUGAACCUGUUCAUUUCCUGUGGAAGUAGAAAGUGUCCCCCUACCCACAGCUAUAAUCAGGUGGUUUCUUUUUAGUUUCAGUAUUGCAUGCAUAAUUGGAAAGCUUCAUGGGAAUAGUUCUGACAAUAAUAUGGUUUGUUGAUUUCUCUUUCCCCUGCCCAUGAAAAACAAUUUUUAGAGCCUGCAGCCUGUUUUAUAAUUUUGUUACUAAGCAUUCUGAAACAAGAGUUGCUGCUUUGCAGGGGGUGAUCUAUCCUUUUAAAAUUAAUGUCUGGGCUGAAUUAAUGAAGAAAAAAUGUAAGAUUUCACUGGUACUGUUGUUUAGGCCACUACUUAUGCAUAAGGUGUUUCAAAUACCAUGCCACACAAUUUAAGAAUUGAAUGACAAUUUUCUUCUCUUGAAUUCCCUUUCAAUACCUAGAGAAUAUUAAUGCCAAUAAGUUAGGAAUGAGGAUGAAAACUUAAUACUUCUUUCUGUAGAAUACAAUGUGAAUUCUGAAAAUAAUAGUAGCACGAGAAAACUGUCAAUGUGUUGCUUUGUAUAAAAAUCUUAUUUGUAAAUGUGAAACUUUUUGAUGCCAUCAAACCUUGUUUAAAAAAUAGAAUGUACUUUUUUCUUAUCUCAGCCUAAGAAAAAUAAGGAAAAUAAGCUGUUGUAAGCUCUUUUGUAGCCUUACUACUUUAAAUUUAUAGAUACUCAAAAUUUCCUACAGAAUGUCUUUAUAAUUUUUUUUUUUUUUGAUUCAGCAGUGAGUGGUUUUCUAGCCUUAGGCUUUUCCUGGAUAUUGUAAAUUGUAGGGUCAUAUUGGCAUCAGCUUUUGUGAUGGCUUUGUGGCCAUCAGUUUUUGCAUUUUACCCAUUAGCAGUGGGCUUUUGUAAAAUCGCCAAGGAAGGUCGUCUACGUGUGGAAAGUUGACUUCGCUUGAUGGGUGGAAACUAUUACGAAUGAGCCUGAUGGUGAGACAUUAGGCCAUUCAUUAUUCCUUAAGUGUUAACACUGACUUAUGCAGUAUUCAGAACAUGUCGUGCAAUGCCUUUGUUUUGUUUUUGUUUUUGUUUUUGUAACACGGGUGCAGUGUAUUAUAGAAAAUUAAAAACUACAAUCAGGAGCAGUUUUAGUAACACUGCUUGCAGUUUUGUAAAAUGAUGUACAUUAUGUCUUUUGGCAGGUUGAAUUUUAAACUAGAGAAAUAACAUUGUAAAUCAUAAUAGUCUUUUAAUUUAAUACGAAAAGUUCAAUUAACAGUAUUGAAAGUACUGUAUAAUAAUGUAUAUAUUUCUCUACUUUGGUUCCAGCUGUUUUAUAUACUUGACCUAUUAUUUAAAAAAUAACUACCUUGACCUUUUAGAGACUUGUACUAUAAAUAAAGAAGACUCACAAUAAACUAGAA